AUGGACCGCAUCGCUCGCUCUCCUACGCCACCAUUCUGGCAGUCUCAAUCUCGGUUGGACGUCGGACUUCUACACGCGACACUUUCCACUAAGAGCCUUCCCUCAGCAAAGACUGUCUCGCUUUGCACAGCUUUGCAUUUCUGUUUCAGUCAAGCGAGCAAGGCAUCUUGUCUACAUUUGGACCUGGACCGUCACAGGCGACCUUCUCGUCUUCCGACUACUUUCGCGCUUGGCGAGUGUGUGCAGUGCUUCAGGACGACAGGCUAGAGACGAGCUUCGGUAGGGAGCGAGAAAAGGAAGGUGGCUCCGCUAGCGCGAAACGGUAGUCGCGGCUCGACUGCAAUAAGGAUAGGGCCUCUUGCAGUGCAUCCUUCACCUGUGAGUCGCACAGAGAGUCAUGGUUUUGGUGCAAAUCUCGACAGGAAUCUGGCGGUGACUCUAUCUGCGGGGGCGGGGCAAGAGGCAGAGUGGCGGCUUGCGCAUCGCGCAGCCCAAAGAUCACCUAAGUCGGUCUUCGCGCAAGACUGGGCCCAAUGCGAGGCGACUUGAAACGUGGGACCGGAAAUGCAGCCACGAAGUUGGCCUCAUCGAGCGGGUAUGGCCUGCUAGCUCUCUCAUGAGGCUUGCCAAGUUUGGGAACAAGUGCCCAUAGGCGCGUCGGACAUCUCGUUGGGAGAGCGUGCGCUGCUUUGUUGAGAUCUGGCAUGCCUUCCAUGCCUUGCUUUGCUGCGGAAGACUCAGAAUCGUAGAUUCUGUACAUUGUUCAAGGUGCCCACAUUUGUGAUGUUCCUUCAAAAGCCAGCGCGAGUGGCAAAGCGAGGAGCAGGCACAACAGGCACAACGGUCACGCUCGUUGGCCGACGCGCAACGGACGCAGCUCUACGCGCGCGCGAGGAACGGAGAUGAGCGCAGCGCACGCGCACGGGGGCCGAGGUGCAGCUACAGUAGGAGAGCAUGCAGCACACCUCCUUGCGGUCGAGCGAUUAAUCGAUCGGCAAGAACGAGGCCCUUCACGGCAGGCACUCAGACUCGAGGAUGAAGGUUCCUACGCCGUCGCACGCGAGCACAGGUGCAGCAGAUGGUGGAUCAGACCAUGGCGAACGCUGCCGUGGCGAAAUGCGCUGCUAAGCAUGCGAAGUUGGCCAAGGUGCAGCGUGGAGAGGUGGCUGCGGCUCGGGUGCGCGCCUCGACGGCCUGACCAGCAAGAUUGGCGUCAUCAAUCGUUUACGUUUGUCAUCGGACCUCCGGUGCAGCGCCAUACCAAUCAGGGCUACACAUGUGUGCACGCGGCCAGCACCACCGUGUGUACGUGAUUACAUGCAAAUCACAAAUUGUGCAUCUUGGAUCAAGGCUGCCUCUUUCCCCACGCCCGCCGUCGUUCCUGCCUCAUCAUCAUACUCGCAUGCUUGGCGAGCUGUGGCGGUGGCACCAUUGUACCAGAGCGGUCCACGCAGUCUUCCUGUCCGUCGUGGUGCAAGCGAGACCCUCGCUUUUAAGAAGUUGGAGUCGUGCAGGGCUGCCUGCGCUCAUAGCCACAGUCCUCUGGCUGCGCGGGCACGGCGUUCCAUGUCGGCAACACCUCGAGUGGCGUCAGCUCCCACAAUCGCAUAGCCAGCACCUGACGGCGUCUUGCACCGUUCCUGUCUGCAUUGUAUUGCUGUGUUCGUGAUUUUCUUACGCCGUCUACACGCUUUUCCACCCUACAGUUAUCUUGCAGGAUACUCCUACUAUAA